GAAAAGCAUUGAAGUUGGACAGGGAGGCACAGAUCAUACUGAGUGAAAAAGCAUCUGCUCUUUCUUCAGUGGCCAACAAGAUGAACAUUCCCUUGCUGCUGCCUCGUCCUCACCAGCAUGUCCUCAGAGGCCUUGUCCGAACACCUUUCCAACGUUGCCGCUUCAUCUUUCACUCAGGUCCUCAUCUGGGACCAGGAAUCCCAUGUGCUCAGCUCUUUCAUUCUCUUGGACCCCGUUGUACAAAAUGGAGGCUGCAGUCAAAUGGCUUGAAGAGAAAUUUAUCUAUACAAACAACUUUGAAGGACCCCACAGAAGGACUUUCUGAUAAAGAACAAAGAUUGGUGGAUAGACUGUACAUGGGUUUAAUCCAAGGGCAGAGGUCCUGCUUAGCAGAGGCCAUAACUCUCAUAGAAUCAACUCACCGCAGGAAAAAGGAGCUGGCCCAGGUGCUUCUUCAGAAAGUGUUAAUCUAUCACAGAGAACAAGAGCAGUUAAAUAAAGGGAAACCACUGGCAUUUCGAGUGGGGUUGUCUGGCCCUCCUGGUGCUGGGAAAUCCACAUUUAUAGAAUAUUUUGGAAAAAUGCUCACUGAGAGAGGGCACAGAUUAUCUGUGCUAGCUGUGGACCCUUCAUCUUGCACCAGUGGCGGAUCGCUCUUAGGUGACAAAACUCGAAUGACUGAGCUGUCAAGAGAUAUGAAUGCAUACAUUAGGCCAUCUCCUACUAGAGGCACUUUAGGAGGUGUGACAAGGACUACAAAUGAAGCCAUCCUGUUGUGUGAAGGAGGGGGCUAUGACAUCAUUCUGAUUGAAACUGUAGGUGUGGGUCAGUCAGAAUUUGCUGUGGCCGACAUGGUUGACAUGUUUGUAUUGCUGCUGCCACCAGCAGGAGGAGAUGAAUUGCAGGGUAUCAAAAGAGGUAUAAUUGAGAUGGCAGACUUGGUAGCUAUAACUAAAUCUGAUGGAGACUUGAUUGCGCCAGCUCGAAGGAUACAGGCAGAGUAUGUGAGCGCACUGAAAUUGCUCCGUAAGCGUUCAGAAGUCUGGAGACCAAAGGUGGUGCGGAUUUCUGCCCGGAGUGGAGAGGGGAUCACUGAAAUGUGGGAUAAGAUGAAGGAAUUCCGGGACCUAGCACUUGCCAGUGGGGAGCUGACUGCCAAACGACAGAAGCAGCAGAAGAUUUGGAUGUGGAAUCUCAUUCAAGAGAAUGUACUAGAGCAUUUCAGGAGCCAUCCUAUGGUCCGGGAGCAGAUUCCUGUUCUGGAACAGAAGGUCCUCCGUGGGGCCCUGUCCCCAGGGCUAGCAGCAGACUUAUUGUUGAAAGCUUUUAAAAGCAGAGACUAAUAAAAUUUAAUUCUGUACAA